UUUUAAUAAUUAGAACAACAUGAGUUAUUUUAAUUUAAUUUACGUUAUUGUUAUAGUUUUGUUAAUAUCUCCCAUAGAAAGUAGAGAUGGUAGUGUGAAGACGCAAACAGAGAACCGUUUCGUCCAACCGCUUGUGCACGGCGGAACGAAGACCAUCAUAUAUAAAGCUCCAUAUAUGGCGUUGUUAUUCGACGUUAAAAUAGGCUUUUUCUGUGGCGCCACCAUCGUUCGCAGGAGGUUUCUACUGACAGCUGCUCAUUGUUACAAUCCUUAUUCAAAAUAUUACGUCAAAGUUGGCACCGAUACAAUUGACGGCGGGUAUCGAUAUGACAUCGACAAAAUAGUAAUCCAUCCCGAUUUUGAUGAGACAAUUAACAACAAUGAUAUAGCCGUCAUAAAAUUGAAGACAGAAUUGACAUUCAACAAGCGCGUACGACCAAUAAAAAUGGCGCCAAAUUACAUAAAAUUUAAAUCUGGUGUCAUGAUGACAACUAUGGGAUUCGGUGCGACUGAGGAUCAGUCCGAAUCGCAUGAUUUAUUAAGAGUGGACGUGCCUUACGUCAGUUACAACGACUGUAAAUCUAUGAUACGAUUUAUUACAAAUCGCAUGAUUUGUGCUGGUGGCGUGAGGGGGCAGGACGCUUGUAGUGGCGACAGCGGUGGACCUCUGAUAUACGGUGAUAUGAUUGUUGGUGUCGUAUCAUCUGGAAUCGGAUGUGGGGAAGAGUUGCCAGGAGUUUAUGCCAGUAUACCCGCCCUACGUGACUUCAUUGACCAGACAAUAAGACAUCUCUCUAAAGCAAGAAUCAAUCACAUGUUUUAUCGUACUUGAUAAAAGUAUGUUAUAAUUGUAUAGGUACUGAAAUAAAUUGUAUUUAUU